AUGGUGGGUGACCUGCUGAACAUCAGCUUCGACCUGGGCGUCAGAGGAGACCAGUGGUACGGCCUGGUGCUCCUUGCGCAGCUUCGGGGCGAGGCUCAGGCCGCGCUGGGGCUGGUUCUGCGCUGCGGCAACCAGGCCCUGGAGUCUUCCGCCUUGCCAGUGAAGGAGGCUGACGGAAGUGCCUUGCAGCUCCGCAGCGGCUCUGCGGCCACUUUGGAGCUGAUGGCGACUGAUCCCUGGCAGCUGAAGCUUACGGGUCUCAGUGUGGGUGUGCAACAGCUGCGCGUCAUCUUCUUGCCAGCCUUUGGGCCGCUGAGUUGGGCGGAGUCGCAGACGGUCGCAGCGCAAUACUGGUCCAAUGCCGAAGGCAGCGGCUCUCCAGCGGCAAGCCGCACUCUAUCAGGUGCUCGACACGUUCUCUCGGAGUACCCGGACUUACCUGCCACAGUGCUGGACGUGGUGCUGCCGUCGGCGUGGUCUCAGCUGCGCAGCGUGCAGCUGAGCUUCGCCCUGAGCAGCGCCGCGAGCCCCGCGACCUCAGGCUUUGCUGGGCAUAGCUAUGUCUAUGUUGAAGCGCGAGGUACUUCCCAUGCAGACUUUGCCAGAUUGCAGUCUGGCGGUUCACAGCUGGCCUUGGCCCCUCCAAGCCUGGCACUGGCAAACUUGGCGCCAACCUCAUUUAUGGGCGGAGCCGCACAGCGGGUCGACCUGCUGCUACAAUUCGGCUUUGUGGCACGUGGGGCAACACUGACUGUCACGGCGCCAGCAGAAAUCCUCAUCACGGGCCACAGCGCAACACCAGGUGCUGCAGUACACAGUGUGUUAGCUGCACAGCGAUCGCCUUUGCCAGAGCUGGUAGGCGAGUUCAACGGCAACACGGCCACCCUCACUGUGAGCAGCAGCAAGGUCUUAUGGCAGGCAGCGACCUACACGCACUCUCUCAUCGUUCAGAACCCGUACUCCAUGGCAUCAGGAAUCACAUGGUCAGUGACGGUGGCCUUUGCUUCAAGUUUGCCAGAAACAGGCGACACAAUGCAGGUCCAGAAGGACAUUCUGCUGGAGGAUGGAGCCUUUGCGACAGUGCCUGCUUUGGAGACAUGCUCGCUCACACCUUUGUCCAUGCGGCUGGGUGCUGAGCAACGAGUGCAGGUCCUGUUCGUCAUGCCAAGCCUCGAUGUCACCAGCAGCAUUCAGCCCUUCGCGCUGCGAGUGGUUUCGCCUUCUACAUUCGGGUUCCUGGCUCCCGCAGACUUCCGACCAAUGCGCAACUUGCCUCCUGCUCCGGCGAGCAAUUGCUUGGUGACAGCACCGCAAAUGCUGCUUUGCGUGCUUCCGACUGGGUUUCUCUUCCGCCCGGGUCUGGAGUACGGAUUCGAGGUCGCUGUCAUCAAUCCACCCAGUCUCGAGGUGGCACUCAAUGGCUGGGCGCUGCGCCUGGAAAGCAGCGAUGCGCAGCCGCUGCGAUCCACCUGCGAGGAUAUACCUCAGAGCCCAACGGAUACGAAGUCCUUUGCGCUGUACAGCUCUGAGAUGGACAAGCGACUCUUCUCCGUUUCUUUUGCAGGAGUGCCCCGUCCAAGCUCUUCCACAGCUGUGGUUGUGGUCUUCCAAUCCUCGCGUCUGCCUACCAACACGUGGUUGACCAUCCGAGCUCCGCCACACUGGGUGUGGCAGCCGGCUGGCCUGGAGGGCAGGUCGGCCAUACUGCUGCGAGGCACCACUCACGACUUGCCUUUGCCUACUGACACUCAUCAGGUUGUGGCCAACGCCUCAGCCCUGUCUGCACAGCUGACUGCGGCACUCGAGAGUGGCCGCGUGUAUGGACUCCAGGCAGAGAUCCUUUUGCCCACCUUGCCAUCAACAUCAACGAUCUGGUCUGUGGAACUGCGAGGAUCUGCCCCCGAGGAGAGCGCGCUGGUGUCUGAAGCAAACUACGAGGCGGUGGUAGACGAGUUCAGCAACCUGCGAGUGCCGGUGGUUUCUGGAUGCACCGCUGUUCCGAGUUCCCUGCUCUCGGGGACCACAGAGGUCUUUGUGAGCUUUUCGCUGGUCUCGGCCUUGCCGGGUGAGAUCCAAGUUCUGCUUCCGCCUGGCUUUCUGGGCGAGGAGCCUUGCGAAGAUUCCCUGGCAGCUGUGCCACUACCUCCCGGCAUUGAAGCGUCUGGCUAUGUGUACCCAGCUUUCACAUCACUUCCUACGAACACGAGCUGCUCCUGGAAUACUACAGGCGGCCGGGCAGUGCUGAAGAUCCAGGGCGGCUCCGUGGGUGCCGUGUCGCACCUCAUCGCGGUCAAAGUGAGCAUACCACCGGUCGAUCAGGAGUUGAUGAACAACAACUGGGAAAUUGGCACCUUCCGAGCCUCAGGUGAACCGCUGGACGCCGCGUGUGUCAUGACCACACCCUUUCGCCUCGUGGAGCAACAGGUUCGGAACCUCAGCGCCCAGGCACUGCAGGUUCUGUGGACACGGGACACGCACCCCAUCAUGGUGCUGGGCUUUGUCUUGUCCGCGCAGGCCGCUCCGGCGCGGCUGGCGGUCCUUGCGCCGCUGGGCUUGUGGACGCUGGGCGCCUGCAGGGUGCUGCAGGAUGUGCCGGCGGGGUAUUCUUCCUUCACAGCGAGCACCUGCAUAGCCGGUGGCGGUGGACCGACAGGACUCUUUCCCAGGCCUGGAGCACUUUUAGAAGGAGUGAUCGAAAUCGAGACCGGCACGCUGGACGCGGGCACGCCGUACGCCUUUGGCAUUGAGUUCAACCUUCCCACGGGCCAUUUAAGACAGAAUCGAUGGUUUUUGGCAGUGGAGAAUCAGGUUGCCGAAUUUGAAGGAUUGGACCUACUGCGCUUUGAGACUGUGGAGGUCCUGGCGUCCUUUCAAGGCCUGGCAAUGAAUGGGCCUUUGCCCUACAACGACGUCAAGAUAUCCUUCACCCUUGCCGCGAAUGCAACAGCCAGGGCUAGCUUGGUGGUUGCCAUCCCACAGAUCUUCGUCGCGUCAGUGCAGGCGAUUGUGUGCUUUCCUUUUCGAAGCUUUUCAGGACGGCCUCAGGGAGAUAGCUGCAUGCUGGUCAACUCUUCCUUGCCUGCCUGUCAGAAUGCAACAUGCGUGCAGGCAGCUCCCACGGAUGUAGAUGCGACUGACUGGCUGGUGAAAGAUGUGUCUUAUGUGCUGGAGUUCCGCCUGCAGAACCCCAGCACCUGCGAGAUUUGCCAGCCCCCAUGGCAGGUCUUCCUACUGCAAGAUGGGGUUCUGUGGUCAGCCGAGUCGGAAGGAUUCCCACUGGUGGGCGAUGUGCAGGCGUUCACUGUGGAACCGUCUCAUCUUUUGGGAGAUUCGGAAGUCCUGCUCACUUUGCGCGUGGCUUUCGCUGGCCGGCUUUUGCUCUACGACAAGGUUGUGCUCACGGUGCCUCAGGGCUGGCAGCUGGAUCCGUCCUUCUGCUCGUCGCCAGUGGCACAGGCGGCUCUCACGGGAUUGAAGGCACCGCCGCAGUGCACACAGCAGCAGGCGAUACUCACAGUUUACGAGAUGGACUUGCCACCACUUACUCGCCCUGAAAUACAGCUUAGACUGGAAGGAGCUGCCCCAGUGUUUACCAGCUGGCAGGAACAGAGGACACAAUGGCUCAGCCUCCCCAACACGGAGGCUUCCUCGCUGCCUGUGGAGUUCAGUGUGGAGGUUCAAAGAGGUUCUUCACAAGCCACUGUCGCUGCAGGCAAGCUGCAGGCAUAUGACGUCAUGCCCAACAUGGCACCGCGGUGUGACUUGUCUAUCUCCACUGCUUUGCUGGCGUCUUCGGCUGCCAUGCGAUUGUCGUUUCGGCCUUCCGAGAGUAUCGAUGCCUAUGUCAACAGUGUUUGGAUCCGGUCAUCCCUGCCAUAUGACUUCCAGGGCUGCUCUUUGCUUUGGGAGGAGCCGGCUGCGAGGAAGGCGUUGAGGCCAGAGGACUCAGCCUUUGCUUUUGCUGGAGAGCCACGUUGCAGUGGGCAGUUGAAUGAGUUGACACUCUUUGGGGUCUUGCUAGAUACCUCGAUCAAGGAUCAAGUCACUUUGUGCGUGGCCAACUUCACCGUGCCCCGACCACCCUAUGCGGCCAAAGAGAGUCGGUGGCAGGUGGCUUUGCAACGAUCUCGUAGCGGUCUGGCCCCAGACAUUUUGGACUACGCCAUCGGCUUGCCGGGGCCUGGAGCAGUUGGUGGCAUCCAGAUCGACGCAGAGACCUUUGUCAGCAACUUGCAGGCAGGUGGUCUGAACACGCUUCACUUCAAGCUGAUGGUCACCGUGCCCCUGCUCCAAGACAGCGUCAUUCGGGUAAUUUUGCCACCAGGAUUCGUCACAGAGCAAACUAACUUCUUCCAAGGGGUGUCCAGACACUUUGCAGCCAUUGCAGCCGCCAGUGCAGUGUUGCGCACAAACGUCGACAUGACAGAAAUUCAUGGCAGCUCUGCUCCAGCCGGCAUGGUUGAGAUCCUCAUGCUGCGCGUUUUGGUUGAUUCGGUGGAGGGCGAGUCGUUGGACUUCAAGAUCACCGUGCGGAACCCUGCUGAGGAGUUGGUGGCCAGGUCUUACAACCGCUGGUUGGUAGAGACGCUGGAUGCCACCUCCGGGCUGGUGGUGAACUCCAACCGCAUGUCCGGAGCAUGCGGAGUGCACCAGAACCUGUUUGGAGCCAAGCAGAAGAAGCUGGGCUUCACAGAAGUGGAGCAGGCGCCGCAGUCCUCCAAAGAGCAGGAGGCCACCACUCGGUCCAGUGCGGCGGACAGGGCAUUGGCAGCUGCAACUUCAGAUGAGUCUCGCGCCGCCUGUGCAGCCUACUUAGCCGCUUUUGGGCUGCUGGCAGAUGGCAGCGCCUUGUGGAGCCCAAAGCACUUGGCCCGUGCGAAGUCGGAGGCGCAGCCCAUGUUGGAGAUUGUGAUCCGUGGUCACGAGGAGCUUGGCUCCCAUACCUGGUAUGUCAUGGAUUGCGCAGUUUGGCGCCCAUGCCUCGAAUUCGCGCGAUCGGAGUGGCGCUGCUAUCGGAGACUGGCUCAUCUGCGCCAGGGUCUGCAUGAUCCCAUCAAGGAGUUGCUGGGCACCGCCUACAGCAAGCACUUCGGGGACUCGCCCUUCGCCAGCCACGGGGCGCCUCUGGGAACCACGGCGCGGCUCCGCAGCUGGUGCCAGACCUUGUGUCGCUGCAUCAACUGCUGCGAUCUGCCCCCUGCCACGGCUGCCAUCGCCUUGCACUUGCUGGGAGCGCCUGUAAAGGACUCCGCGAUGAUCGCCUUGGCAAGGAGUUGUGAGGAGGACGAUGCACGGGAGAUGGAUGACGAUGUUAUGCCCCAAGCGCUUGCCUGA